UUUGAAUUGAAAGUAAGAAGAAAGAUAACGAGAGUGGAUGGUGGAGAUGGAAGCAGGAGCUGAAAACCCUAAUUACAUCAUGGUCCCACCCCCACCUCCCCCGUCUGUUGAGCCACAGCCUCAGAAGCGACCCAUCUUCUCGUUUCCAAGGAGGCCAUCCCUCAGAAUUACAAGUGAGUUCGAUAGUGAAAGCGCAUUCUUCUUCCAUAAAAUCUCUUGUAAGUUGUUGGACAGCCUUGCCAAGUUCAAGUUUUCAUUCCACAAUAACAGUAAAGGCGAUGUCUCGGAACCUCAAUUCAGCUUCGUAUCCAAGCACCUUAGCCUCCACUACGACCUCGAAGACCAUAAUGCUCUUGUUAAGACCUCCAUCGAUGUUGGUCCCAGAUUGCAACUCUCUGCCGCUCAUGAUGUCAAGGCUCAACAAGGAGAGGUUACCAUGGUUGCAAAUGUCGCUGACCCUGGCUAUGCACUUGAACUAUCAACACCAGUUCCAUCUGUUGGAAUGCCAAAAGCAACCUUUAGAUUUCCUGUUGGUGAGGUUUCACUACAGGAGAAAGAGGAGGAGGAGGAGGUCAAGAAUUUGUUGUCAGUGAGUGGGAUUCUUAAAGGUCAAUUUUUUAAUGGGGUCUGCGCUGCCCAGUACAAGGACGAAGAACUGAAACUAAGAUACUGCUAUAAGGACGAUGAAAUGUCAUUUCUUCCAAUACUUUCGCUCCCUUCAAAUGCUCUAUCAUUUGCCUUUAAGCGUCGGUUUGGUCCUUCUGACAAGUUAAGUUACUGGUACAAUUGUGAUUCCAACUAUUGGAGUGCUGUCUAUAAGCGUACCUAUGGUAAAGAUUUCAAAUUUAAAGCUGGUUAUGAUUCAGAGGUUCGCCUUGGCUGGGCAUCUCUUUGGUUGCAUACUUCUAAUGCUAGCUUCUUAACACCGUCCUGAUCCCUCCCCUCAGUGCAGUUAGGCAUUACUAGCUGACAGUUAAGUAUGAGCUCUUACAUUUCAGAUUAUAAUUAUUGAUAGUUUUCGAACAUGUAUUGUAUUUGCCUUGAGGUUUUACAUUUAGGCACCGCAUGACAUUGCUUCCUGGUUCCUGCACAUAAGGGAUAAAUGUACUCCUUAAAUGUCUUGAACCAUAGCAUAUCAUUAAGGUAAAACGGUUUACUGCUUUACCUAUAUGUUUCCCAGAAAGUUUAACUAAAUUUCUUAUUUUAAUAUUUCAGUAUCAUCUUCUCUGUACUACAAGUUUAGUUGUAGUUCCGAAGCAUGACGACCCUAAUAUAUCUCAGAACUGUUAAAUUAGAAUCCAAAUUUCAGUAGUGGGAAACUAGUCUCUGAAGUGUGUGAAGAGAAAUUGUCCUGAAUCAUAGUGGGUUCCGUGAGAAGUAUGAGUCUAUUAUCUGUAACUCUUAGUGACCUCAUUAGCUUCAUUCAGGUUGGAGAUGAAGGAGGGAAAGCCAAAACAGCUCCGAUGAAGAUGAAAGUUCAAUUCAUGCUCCAAGUGCCACAAGACGACAUAAAAUCUUCUGUUUUGAUGUUUCGGAUUAAGAAAAGAUGGGACAUUUAAGGAUCUACUUGGUUUUGGAUUGCCUCCACAAUUCUUCAAGUUGUAUUGACUAUUUGACCGGUUGAUACUUCUCCAAGUCAGCCUAUUUCUCAGUGGUGCGGCUUGAUUUUGCUGGGUUUCUGGUAAGGACGAAGUUCAAUCUUUUUGUAAAGAUGAUUUUCUGAUUUGUAAGUUGGCAGAUUAUGGUUAUCGGAUGGGAACAAUCCUAAAAUUAAUUGUGUAUUUGGC